AUGAUGGAGAACGGCCAUGAGGAGAGACUGGCCGAGAAGUUUUCUCGAGUGGGAGUAGACGAUUCUUCUCACUCUCCCGGAGACGGCAGCUUGUUGCAGGUCAUCAAAGCUGUUGAAGCAGCAGAAACCACCAUCAAGCAGCAGGUGGAGGAGAAUAGCCGUUUAAAGGCUGAACUUCAGAGAAGUAUUUUGGAACUUGCUAAAUACAAAGCAGAUGAAUCGUUGCCCCAAACAUCUAAUCUCGGAGGUAACGCAAGCGCUACUACUGUUUCCCACCUGGUUCAUCAGCCAGUUGACUGGAAGCAGAGUGUGAUAAAAGCUUCAGAUACUGAUUCAUCAGGCAUGCUGGUUGUUCACCCUCAUGUGAAUGCUGACGGCGAAGAAGCUACUGUGAGUAAUCGUUUUGAAAGGCGCUCUGAGGAAAAUAUGAUUAAUGGCACUAUCAGAGGAGCUAUAGAUGGUGCUGGUCCCUCUCAGUUUUAUUCGUCAUCUACAGUAUCAUCAUCUCCUAUGAGAAUGCGGUUAGAAGGAGAGCAUUUCUCACAUCUUAAUUCGUCUAAUCAUGGAUUUAUGCCAGUUGGUGAAGUACAAAGUUCAGGCAGUGCGCAGAAGCAGGACCUCAUUCACAAGGUUCAGGAACACGAACAAGAAAUUUUGCAGUUGAGGAGAUAUCUUACUGAUUGUUCUGUUAAGGAAGCCCAAAUUCGCAAUGAAAAAUAUGCUCUGGAAAAGCGAAUUGCCUACAUGCGACUGGCAUUUGAUCAACAGCAAGAAGAUCUUGUCGACGCUGCAUCAAAAGCUCUCUCUUACAGACAAGAGAUAAUUGAGGAAAAUAUACGCCUAACAUAUGCCUUACAGGCUACACAGCAAGAGAGAUCUACAUUUGUAUCAUACUUGUUGCCUCUUCUAUCUGAGUACUCUCUACAACCACAGGUUUCUGAUGCACAGUCUAUUGUCAGCAACGUGAAGGUUCUAUUUAAGCAUCUACAAGAAAAGCUACUUCUUACUGAGGAAAAGUUAAAGGAGUCAGAAUAUCAAUUAGCACCGUGGCAGUCGGAUGUUAACCCCUCAAAUGGUUCCCCUUUGGGCCCAUCGCAUGCAGCUGGUGUUGCGUUAACCCCCUCAGCGAAGGAUUCCCUAUAUUCCCAUGAUCAAACAGCCAUAGACUGGGAUUCAAAGCGCUGGCAUCAAGAUGAGCCAGGUAUCUCAGCUUUGGGAAAUUCCUAUCUUCAUGAUCCUAUAAGGGUUUUACCUCCGGUGAACGGUCAGUCGGCACCCUUUGAGAUGCCUCUGCAACCAGGUACUAGUGAAGAAGAGUCUCGUGGUUGGAAGCAAGUAGACGGAACUCCUCCUAAGCAUGUUCAAUUUCGUGAGCCUCUCAGCAAGGCAGUGAUGGACGAUGCAGAAGGACAAUCAGAUACCAAAAAUCCACCAUAUGUGCCUGCGUUUGAUGAUCCCAGCUCCUCAAGCUCUCCUCUUUUGUCCCCUGUUCAUGAAGAACCAUCUUCCUCCUUUUCUGAGGCUGCGGAUGAUGACCCGUUACCAGCUAUAGAGGACCUCCAAAUUUCAGGAGAAACUUAUCCUGGAAAUGAGCUUCAGGCUUGUGGUUACUCCAUCAAUGGAACAACAAGUUGUAAUUUUGAGUGGGUAUGUCAUCUAGAAGAUGGAUCUGUGAAUUACAUUGAUGGAGCGAAGCAGCCAAAUUAUCUUGUCACUGCUGAUGAUGUUGAUUUAUAUCUUGCUAUUGAAGUUCAGCCUUUGGAUGACAGGAACCGCAAGGGGGAGCUUGUGAAGGUCUUUGCCAAUGGUAAUCGAAAGAUUACUUGCCAUCCAGAGGUGGAGAGCCAUAUAGAGAAGACUCUUCAUAGUGGUCAUGCUUCAUACAAAGUUUCCAUUGCGACUGGUUUCCUGGAUAUAUGGGAAGAAGCUACGUUGUCUAUUAAGAGAGAAGGUUACAGCAUCAAGUGUAAUAACGAUCUCAUAGUUGCAGAAAAGUUCUCAGCUUCUACUGCUGUAACAAUUCCGUUUGGGCAGCCUGCAGACUUUGUUAUAAUUGGUUCAGAUGGUAGCGAACGCUCCUUACGAGCAGAUAAUGGAUCAACAGACCUUAGUUGCUCAAGAGAUACAAUAGUACUCAUCCUGAGAUUUUUUAUCACGAGGGCUCUGCAGAGAAAGAAGGGAAAGAAGAGAGUAUUUUUGUUUAGCAAAUGA